AUGUUAAAUAAUGAUAGCUCUGAUUCUGAUCAAACAAGUAACUACAACCUCAAAGAAGAGAUUAAUAAUGGUAACGAACAAGAAAGAUCAAUAGCAGGAAGUAGAAUGAAAUACGAAACGAACAGUAGUAGUGAUAGUAAUAAAAAUCUACAACAAUCUGAUAAUGAUACUUUAGAAGGACCCAGUGAUAAUGACCUUAGUGGCAAUGACAAUCAAGGAAACAAGAAUAUAAAACAAUAUCAGAGCUCAUUAUUUAACAGAAAGAGAGACAAUACACAUAACUUAAACGAAAGACAACAGCAUUAUUAUUCUAGUCAACAACUGAAGAGACAAAGUGAUGAUUCGUUACUUGAUGCCAUCGAAAGUUUUGAGCCACUUAGUACAAGAAAAACAGCAUCAAUCACUCGUGGUGAAGCAACGUUACUGGAUAUAAUGGAAACGCCGAAUCGUGGAAAAGAAUAUCUUAUGGAUACAGAUAAUGGGCGAAACGUUGGUGAAAACGAAUAUGAUAAAUUGAAUCGAUCCAAACCGGUUAAUCCAUCUGUAGAAAAAAUAAACACAAGUUUUGUAUCAAAUCCAGUUCUCUUUCCAGAAAAUAUGCAAUCAUCAUCACCAUGGGUAUUAACCAGAUUGCUCUCAACUACUGGUACUCCUCAACAAAUUAGACGAACUCCAAUGAAGAAACAACAGCGGUCAAAAAUUCCUGUCCGAUCUGCGUCUUCAUCGCAAUCAAGAUCAAGAUCUAUUUCUCAUAGUCCAGCCACACGAAAAAGAACGAUUAAUAAUGUAGUUGAUAUCAACGGACAUCAAACUUCACUCACGUCAAAAAUACCUGUUCGGAUCAAAACAGAACAAUCACAACAUACUGAAAAAGCAUCAGCAGCAAAUUAUCCGCCCGUUACUGAAAAAGGUGCUUUUCGUCUGUUCACAUCGAACGAAAACUUACAUAGUGAAUCCGACGUCUUAAGUGUAUUUGAAAGAGGCAAAGCUUAUUACAAUCAGCAAGACCCUCCUACCACAACUUCACCAUUUGUUCCUAUUAAUUCUGUUAAUCAACAAAAAAUAGCACCAGAAGCCAAACAAUCAAAUGCUUCUACAAAACAUCGUCUAAUAACAAGAAACGCUAUAUCUGCUGAUGGGCAUUAUAAAUCAAAAACUGCCACCGCUACCACUAAUUUAACAUCAGCGAUCGAUCCAGGACGUUUAACAAGUCAACAAUAUUUGAUAGAGGAUAGCGAUGAUACGUCGAGCAUUGAAACUAAAUCGAAAGCCGAAUUGGCAACACAAUUAAAAGAAGAAAAACGACAUUAUAAAAAGACUGCAACUAUACUAAACCAGUUACACGAAAACUAUGGUCAGUUACUAGAAAAAUAUGCUCAAGCUGAAAACACCAUAGACCAACUGCGUUUUCAACCAAAACUGUAUGAUAAUAGUACACCACCAGCAAAUGUAAUCGAGGUAUGUGACGUAUACAACGAUGCUUAA